CUCCAGCCAGAGCAGUGUAAGACAACCAACCACCAUCCACAUGGCUACCACCUUCUCCAGCGGCAGCUUCAUCUCCAGCAGGUCAUCAACGGGCUCCUCUCGUCUCUCUGCCUCAAGUGGAGGAGGUGGCCGCAUCAGCACCAUGAGGUCUGGCAGCGUGUACGAGGGUGCAGGAGGUUCAGGAGUCCGGAUCUCCAGUGCUUCUCGUUCCUUGGCCAAUGGAUGGUCAGGCAGUGGCUCUGGUACUGCAGGAGGCUUUGGUGGAGGAUUUGGUGCCUCUGCAGGAGACUUCGGUGGGGGGAGAUUUGGUUCUGUUGCAAGAGGUGGAUUUGGUGUAUCUGGAGGUGCAGAUGACAGCAUCGUUGGCAAUGAGAAGUUCGCCAUGCAGAAUCUUAACGAUCGUUUGGCUGCCUACCUGGAAAAGGUGGGCACCCUUGAAAAGGCCAAUGCUGACUUGGAGUUGAAGAUCUGCCAAUUCCUUGAGAGCAGGAUUGGCCCCACUGGCACUGACCACAAUUUUUCUUCCUUCCUGGCUACUAUCAGUGACCUCCAGGCUAAAAUCUUAUAUGCCAUGCAAGUAAAGAAUACAGUCCACCUCAGCAUUGACAAUGUCAGCUUGGCUGCAGACAACUUCAGAAUGAAAUAUGAGAACGAGCUGGCAAUGCGUCAAUCUGUGGAGACUGAUAUCGCAGGGCUCAUGAGUUUGCAUAGCGAGCUCAACAUGAGCCAUAAAGACAUCAAACUGCAGAUUGAAGGACUCACUGAGGAGCUGGCUUACAUGAGGAAGAAUCAUGAGGAGAAACUCUUGGCUGUACGUGAUCAGAUGAGUGGACAGGUCGAUGUGGAGGUUGAUGCUGCACCACAGGACGACCUUACCAAAAUUCUAGCUGAAAUUCGUGAGCACUAGGAGACUGUUGUAGCCAAGAGCCAGAGAGAUCUUGAAGGCUGGUUCCAGCAGAAGUCUGAGACCGUUAAACAAGAGGUCGUAGCAAGCACAGAGACUUUGCAGACAUCCAAAACUGAGGUCAACACAGUGAAGAGCACAGCACAGUCCCUAGAUAUUGAGCUUCAGUCUCUCCAUGCCAUGAAAUCAUCCAUGGAAAGCACCCUUGCCGAGACUCAAAAUCGCUACUCCAUGCAGCUGUCUGGCUACCAGAUGCAGGUAAGUGGAAUGGAAGGACAACUGGUGCAGCUCCGUGCUGAUCUGGAACGAAACCAGGAGUACCAGAAACUUCUGGAUGUCAAGACCAAACUGGAAUUGGAGAUUGCAGAGUAUAGAAGACUGCUUGAUGCUGAAGCCAGCGGUUUGACCAUUUUGUCUCCUACCAGCUUCUCAAUUUCAGCCGGCUCCAGCUCUAUGUCUAUCAGCAAAAAAGCAGUGAUCACCGUCGUGGAGGAGGUGAUCGAUGGAAAGGUGAUUUCUUCCUCUUCAACAUCCCUUGUUAAGUGA